AAUGAAGUUAGCUAUAUAAAAAAAAAAUUGACUUUCGAGAGUUUUGACAAGUUUAACUGUCACGGUUUUGAGGUUAACUCCGAUUUCGAUGAUUUGUAAUGGCCAGGAGCGACUCCCUUAGCAUCCCUUUACAAACUCCGGGACAUUUGAAGGAACUUUUCGAUCGGGUUGAUCAAGAUAAAGAUGGUUACGUUUGUUACCGAGAACUCUAUGAAUUCCUUCAAAGUAAUGAAGAAGGGAUCCCAAGGCACGUUAUACGUAGGAUACACGAAAACGCCGAUCGAAACGACGAUGGGAAACUGGAUUGCCAAGAAUUUAUUCAUAUGGUUAUGGAUCCGGAAAAUAAAUACAUUUUCGGACAAUAUUUUAAUAUGUACAUGAGAUAUCUUCUUCCACCAUCGAUUCACCAAUCGGGACUUAAAUCAUCGACAUCAAUCGAUGUGGCCGAUGGGCGCUACGAAGAGCGUUACUCGUGUUGGCCCCCGAAAGUGUGCAUGAUCCUCAUAUCAUUAAUCGAGAUUGUUUUUUUCACCGUCGAUGCCGUCCAAGGCAACACCAUGGCUCGGGGGCCGAUGGCUACUGCACAUAUUUAUAACCCCCAUCGUAGACAAGAAGCAUGGAGGUUUUUCACUUACAUGUUUGUGCACGUUGGUCUCCUUCAUCUAUUGGUUAAUCUCUUCGUUCAAUUACUCCUUGGGGUCCCUUUGGAGAUGGUUCAUAAAUGGUGGAGGGUUUUGAUCGUUUAUUUAGCGGGGGUUAUUGCGGGUUCUUUAGGGACGAGUGUCACGGAUCCUUCUGUUUGGUUAGCUGGAGCUAGCGGGGGGGUUUAUGCCCUCAUCACCGCUCAUAUUGCAUCAAUUAUUAUGAAUUGGAAAGAUAUGACGUAUCCUUUGGCUCAAUUAGCGAUAUUCGUUGUUGUUAUUUGUACGGAUGUUGGAACAGCGAUUUAUAACCGUUAUGUAGGCGACAAAAACGACGAGCACAUCGGUUAUGCCGCACAUUUCUUCGGGGCCUUAGCCGGGUUAUUAAUUGGAAUCACCGUGCUCAAGAAUAUCUCGGUGGAGAAGCACGAGAGAGUCUUAAAAAUGAUCGCGUACUCUUUAUAUUUGAUUUUAAUGUCCGCAGCGAUUUCGGUCCAUAUCUUCAAUCCAGCGAGAUUCCCCGAACCCGAUAAACGAUAAAUUUAAAACCAUUUUUAUAUAACACAUCCCUAUAAAGUUUAUUUUUCGAAUUAUAUCUAUUUAAAUACUUUUUUUUAUUAUUAAGAGGUAUAUAAGGAAGAACUACUUAAGUACAAAUAAAAUAAAACGAUUUCCAAUAACUAAAAAAAAAAAAAUAAUUAAUUAUUUAAGAAAGCAGUAUUGUUAUCUUUUAAGAAAGUGCCUUACACCGUUUUUAAGGAAAUAAAAAAAAUAAAAUAAAAUAA